AUGGAUGGGUCUGAUGAUGAGCAGUUACCUGAGCAAGUAGAGUUUAAUGUUAAGAGUGACAUGAGAAAUGUUGUACUGAAGAAGGAGAUGAAGUUCCCUAAUGCAAAGGUGUUCAGAGCUGCUUUGAGGGAGUAUGCAAUCAAAAAACCUAUUGACAUCAAAUUCAAGCUUAAUGAGAGGACCAAGAUAUCAGUUCACUGCAGGAAUAGGUGUGGGUGGAGAUGUUAUGCAUCUCAAAUAAGUGAAGAGCUAACAUUUCAAAUUAAGACCUUGACUGAUGACUGUACUUGUCCCAAGUCUUUCAAAAACAGUCAAGCAACAUCAGUUUAUAUUGCUAAGAGGUUCAUUGAGAAUUUUAGCAAAAAUCCAAAUUGGGAGGUGAGUGGUAUACACAACCAUGUGAUGCAAAAUUUAUCUGUUAACCUAAAUGUAAACCAAGUGUAUAGGUCAAAGAGAAAGGCAAAGGAUUUGAUAAAUGAAGAUGAGCAACUGCAAUAUGGUGUCCUUAGGGACUAUGCACAAAUGAUAACCACUAUAGACAAGGGGAGUAGGGUUAUACUGCAGACAGAAAUGGCUAAGGAGACUUCCCAGCCAAAAUUUAAGAGGAUGUAUGUUAGGUUCAAUGCUCAGAAGGUAGGAUUUUUAGGUGGAUGCAGGCCAUUUAUAGGUUUAGAUGGUUGUCACAUAAAGCACAGAUUUGGUGGGAAAAUCUUAUCUGCCAUUGCCAAAGAUGCAAAUGACAAUAUUUUUCCAGUAGCCAUGGCUGUUGUGGAACAAGAAACCAGGGAGUCUUGGAUAUGGUUUUUGGAAAUUUUUGCUAAUGAUAUAGGGAGGCCAGAGGAGCUUCAGUUGGGGCUUAUACCUGCAAUAGAGACACUAUUCCCUACCGUGGAGCAUAGAUACUGUGUGAAACACAUCUACAACAAUCUCAAAGUUGAUCACAAGGGAUUGGAGCUGAAGGAUGCAUUGUGGAGGUGUGCUGCUACCACAACAGUAAGGGAGUUUGAGAGAUGCAUGCAGUACAUAAGGGAUUUGGAUGAAAAGGCAUAUGAGUAUCUUGCAAACAUUGCACCUGCACAAUGGACAAGAUCACACUUCACUCCUAGGGCCUUAACAAAUUGUUUGAAGUAUGCUGGAAAGUUGUGUCCAAGCAUACAAGAUAGGUUGGAGAAAUUGAAGGUUGAAAGUAAGGCAUUUAGUGCUACCCUAGCUGGUAGUUUCCUUUAUGAGGUAGACAGUCAGUAUGAGAGGCAUGUAAUUGAUUUGGUGAAGAAGACAUGUAGCUAUAAGUCUUGGGAUUUAAAUGGCAUUCCCUGCAAACAUGCCAUAACAGCCAUUUAUACGAACAUUGAGACACCAGAAGAUUAUACCCACCCAUACUACUUCAAAGAAACUGACAUGGAGAUAUACAAGGAGGCAAGGGAAGGGGUGCUUGCACCUAGAUCUGCACCUCAGCCACCAUCCCAGCAGCCUACCCAGACCUACAACAUGAUGUCUGCCACUCAGCCUUCAUCCUCACAGCAAGGAAAUCAACCUAGGCCAUCUCACAAGAGAGCAGGAUGGUUCUCUUCCUCACAACCAGAGUUUCACACACCUAGGGAGACCUGGGAUACCUUACCAAGUUCUUCACAGCCUUCACAUGCAAAUGGGAGCACUGGUGGUGUGAGGACUAGAGGACAGCUUGCUGCACAAAGGCCACCAAAAAUGAAUCCAAUGGGUGGAAAGAGGAAAGAGUAA